AUGGGUGCCUCGCAUCCCACUCAAGACAUAUAUCCACGCCGCUCCAAAUCCGCCAAGUCGGACGAGACUAGCAUCCGGACUGUCAGCGUUUACAAAUCGACGCAGCAAGACGAAGUGGGUGUGCGGCUCAGCAACAGCCGCAGCCGCAGCCGCAAAGGCCCUGUCGCGCUCAAACCUGAAAAGUCAUUCGGAGAGCGCGUAUCGGGCGCGGUGGCUGUCGGAAACGGCCAGCUUCUCGCUGUCAACGGCGAGCCCGCGGAGGGCGAGGUGACCCUGGUCGUGUCAGAAGGAGGCCGAAACCGCCGCAGCAGCUCGUCGGUGCGGGAGGACGAGGAGUAUAUGCGUCAGCUGCGCGCGGAGAGGCUCCGGCUCGGCCUCCCCGAGAACCCGUCGCCACAGUCCGACACGCGGGCGCAGGACGGCGCGGAGGACUGCGGUGUGGCCUGCGCCAAAUUCCAAAAAUCUCAGUUUUACACAAUUUUUCCCUGA